AUGUCCCCUUACCAGUUGGUCUAUGACAAAACCUGUCACUUGCCAGUUAAGCUAAAGCAUAAAGCUUAUUGGGCAGUCAGAUACUCAACCUAUGAGAAUGCCAAGCUCUAUAAGGAGAGUACGAAGUUAUUGCAUGACAAGAAGAUUGCCAUUAGAGUCUUUGAGCCAAGACAGAUAGUGCCUCUGUAUAAUUCAAGGCUCAAACUUUUCCUCGGGAAGCUAAAAUCCCGGUGGUCAGGACCGUUUGGGGUUACUAGAGCUUCACCAUAUGGUCAUGUUAAAAUACAGGAAGAGAAUUCUGAUAGGAAAUUUACAGUGAAUGGCCAGAUGUUGAAGAACUAUCUUGGAGGUGAGAUCGAUCGCCAGAGGUCUGCUCAUCUGCUGAAUUAG